AUGACUGGGCCACCCAUCAGGGAUGCUUCUGUUACACCUGCAGCCUGUGUGGCCCUCUCACCCAGUGACCCCGCAGGUGAUUCUGAGUUAUCAGAAUAUUCGGGAGAUUCACCAAGUGAAGAGAUAAUUUCCAGCACGUUUGCUGCAGUGACCACAGAAUCAUUCAUUGCAGAUACGAAUUCCACCUUGAUUGCUGAGGAUGCAAAUCAGUUAGAAUUUAUAUUAAUGGUGUUGAUCCCACUGGUUUUAUUGGUCCUCCUACUUCUAUCAGUGGUACUCAUUGCAGUAUACUAUAAAAGAAAAAGAACUAAAAAAGAGUCUUCUCAAGGAUCUCAGAGCGCUUUACAGACAUAUGAACUGGGAAGUGAAAACCUGAAAGUCCCCAUUUUUGAAGAAGACACACCCUCUGUUAUGGAAAUAGAAAUGGAAGAGCUUGAUAAAUGGAUGAACAGCUUGAAUAGAAAUGCCAACUGUGAAUGUUUACCUACUCUGAAGGAAGAGAAGGAAUCAAACCACAGCCCAAGUGAUAAUGAAUCCUAAAACUGAAUGGUGCUGAUGUUUUCCAAGAGAAGCAGCCCGGAGGGAGCCUGCUGGGCCAACAGAGGAUGAAGAGGAUACCAAUUUAAUUAAUUUCAAAUCAACGUACACACAAAAACCUUUUGCUAUUUCUUCCAACGCCCACUCUUCCUAAUGAUGGCAUCCCUUGUACUCAGAAGAACAUGCAGUUGAGAAGUGCUGGGAAGAGGCCUGGCGGCCACUGCCCCCCUCCCCAGCUGCCUGUGAGGGUGGAGAGGGAGCCAGCCAGGCCCCCCUCCUCUGAGCCCACUUCCAGCUCCCCUGGCCUGGCCCGGCUCUCUGCAUCUUUGCUACCUUGCUGCUUCCUUCUCGUGGUUUAAGUCAGGAAGCUGUUUUAUCUAUGGUUUCCUUUUGGGCCACCUUCUUACCUAACUAGCUUUGGAUAAUUUCCUGUGAUUGUUCAAGUCCUCUGACAGGUACAUUAUAUUCAGCAGGAACUUGUCCAAAGGAGCGUUAUGUCUUGGAAAGGACACCAAACAAAGCGAGCAUUUCAACGGAUUCACCUUCCUGGGGGGUGGUGAGCUCCCCCUGCCAAGAAGACGGUCCAAAUGAGAAGACGGUCCACAGUCCAAAUGAGAAGUCGCUUGGUGAUUUGUAGACCCUGAUCAGCCAGGUCAUUGGGAACUUCUCAGAGGCACUGGGAAUCUUCCAUGAC